CUUUCAGAGAUUUUCUAUUUAAAGUCAGUUUCUGUUCUGAAGACGAUUCCUCGAAUACUGAAGAUCAUCGCAGUCAGCCCAGGUCUGAGGUCGACUGUCAGAGGUCUCAUCACGUUGGUGAGGAGGCUGGCUGAUGUCAUCAUGCUGACGGUGUUCUGGCUCUGCGUCUUGGCUCUGAUUGGUCUGCAGGUCUUCAUGGGAUCUCUGAGGCGGAAGUGUGUGAUUUCACGGUGGACUCUGUCAGAUGAAAACAUCAGUUUAACAGAAACACAGUUUGAUUUCAACGAGUACAUUAACAACAAAGUGAAUUAUUAUUACUUGCCUGGUCAACUUGAUGCUUUGCUUUGUGGAAACUCCUCUGAUGCCGGGUAAGUUCACACUCAAAUCAUGAUAAUAAUAAUAAAUACAUUAAAAGAUGAUGCUGAUGAUGAUGGU